UUUGGGGACUUAAAUUUGUCGCAGAACGUCGCUCGAUCGGAAAAGACGUGUGGAUCGCGCGCGCGAAAUUUUCUCCCGCACAGAGCAAACUCGAACGAAAAGCGCCGCGCACGUAUUUUUAGUUAUUUAAGGAAAUUUUUUGAUAGUCAGCUUAGAAAAUUUUUCACAAACGGUGGCAUUUUUCCGCGCGCGUAAUUCGAUAUUUAUCUCAUCACCGCAGUUGCAUUUGUUUUUUGUGUGUUUUGAUUAUUGUUUUAUUGGUAGUCGAACGGUUAAUCGAAUAACCAGCGAUAUGAUUUAAGCUGAUCGAAGUAGGCGAAGCAGAAAAGUUCGGAAUUUGAUCAAAGAUGGCCGUGUGCUUUCGGCCAUGGUUCCUGUUGGCGGUCGUUGCCUUGGUGAUUGCGUGUCUGGUGGCAAGUGGAGACGGAUUCCGAUUACGUGAUUCGGAGGUUGACGAUAGCCAGCGGGCAUCGGUUGCGUACGCCAGGAAGAAGAUUCAAGGCAGAAGAGUGGCAUUGGAGGAGGUGAAGAAACGUGUCGCGGUAGAUCAGGACGACGAUGAAGACGACGAUGACGAGGAGGGGAUGGAGGAUGACGACGAUGACGAAGAGGAAGAGCGAGCUGCCGAGAGCAAGUACAAGUUUGAGAGAGUGCGUAGAAGCUACAGGUUGUCUCCAGUGCAGAAGAAGAGGGCCGAGGGCAAGAGGUAUAGUUUGGAGGAGGAAAUGAAAUCGACGAAGAUCAAGGUGAAAUCGGUGAAAGAGGCAAUCGAAGCAAGUGAGGAUGAUGAUGCUGACGACGAAGAUGAAGAAGAUGACGAAGAAGAGAAAUCGAUUUUCAAUCUUUACGGGUUGCUUGGUUCGCGGAAGGGUAAGGGAAGUGAGGACGAUAAGAAGACGGAUCAUGUGAAAGGUCAGGAUGAGGAUGAGGAUGACGAAGAUGAAGAAGAUGAAAAUGAAAGUGGGGGAAUGUUUGGGUGGCUGAAAGAUCUCACUAGUAAGGAUUCCGAAAAAGAAGAUGAAAAGAAGAAACACAGCAAAGCCGAUGAAGAUGAAGACGACGAUGAUGAUGAUGAUGAUGAUCAUGAAGAAGAAAGUGGUGGCAUUUUUGGAUGGCUGAAGAAGUUAUCCGACGUGUUCGACGAUGAUGACGACGAUCACGAUAAGCACGGCGAUGACGACGAUGACGACGAUGAUAACGAAAAGGAAAAGGAAAAUCCGUUGAUCAACUUUGUCAGCAGUCUUCUUCAAUCGGAUAAAGAAGACAGUAGUGAGGACAUAAAGUUUCCUCCAGUUGGCGACGAGGAUGAUGAUGAUGAAGACGCAUCAACAGAGAAACCCAAAGAAAAGAAACCGAAAGAUUCUAAAAUUGUUCAGCUGCUUAACAAAAGCCCGUUGAACACAUUGUUCAAAUCCGAUGAACUCCCGUCGGAGACUCCAAUUGAUACCGAUCCAAAGAAGAUCAAAAAACUGCAACAUACUCCAUCCAAGGUGAUCAAGCAGCGCAUCGAGAUCUCCCCUGAAGACUUCGAAUCGCUCCUGCUACGCAUCCCCUCCUUCGUUCCGGACUACUCUCGGCUGAAGAACAACGAGUGCCGUCGUCAGGGACAGAUCUUCCAGCGUCAGCUUCGCGGCAAGCGUCUUUGGGCGCUGCAGAUGAUCGACGCCAGUGCCAAGGUGUCAUCCGGUCUGCUCCGAGGAAAUGCCAACCAGUUGGGAGACUAUGAUCUGUGCACCGGCAUCGCAACCAAGGUCAAGGUGAAGGAGGACGAACAGGUUCGCAUGCGAGGCAAGUACUGUUUGGCUCACAUCGACGUGGUUGCCGAAGAUGAUGACCUGAAGUUGCCGGUGCAUCUGCUGCAAGGACGUGGCUUCAUCAAGAGUACGCUGAAUGAUCCGGAUCAUUUCCUACCUCGCUUCACGACGAUCAAUUGGGGGAUUUGCCUUCCGGCUGCCUGCAGCUAUGAAGACGCCGGCAGUAUUGUAAAGAACUUUGUGAAGCCGUACAACACUACAGGAAUUAAGCUCUUCUUGGAGAUCGAGGAAGGAAACUGCCAUGUACGCCAAACGUCAACCUGGACUAAGCUAUUCAAGGAAAAUUGGCGUUUAGUUGCUUCGCUGGGCUUCUACACGUUCAUCGUAGUCGUUACCGUUGUUGCCUCGCUGAACGACUUCGGCAUAAUCCAGAUCGACCCCCAUCCCAAGGUGCCCACCGCGCAGAAGUCUACCAACGAAAACUCUGACGAUUCGACCACCUCUCAACCAUCCGAAGAAACCAAUCUGCUUCACCAGACCCUGAUGUCCUUCUCCGUUAAGCGAACCUUCCGGCAACUGGUUGGUGGAGAGGACGAAACCCUCGCUGGCAAGGACGUCGUAGGAUGCCUCUCGGGACUACGCGCUCUUGCAACGAUUGCCCUGUUCUGUGCCCUCCGGCUGAUUCCGAUGGGCUUUCAACCGUUUACCAAUCGAAACGAGUUUACCGAAAGCUUCAACACUCCUUGGAGCGUCGCUCUUCGGGUGUUGAUGCUCUACGCCGACGUCUACCUGGUGAUCAGUGGCUUCCUCGCUGCAUACCAUAUGGUUGGCGAGUACCAACAGAAGCAGAAGGUGGCCUGGUUCCGACGGAUCGUCGGACGUUAUCUGAGACUGACGCUACCAUUGAUCCCAGUGCUGAUCUUCUACUCCGUCGUAUGGGAACACCUCGGCAGUGGGCCCCAGUGGGGAGACGUCGUCGUCAAGAACGCUAAUCUGUGCAAACACAACUUCUGGAACAACAUCUUGUUCGUCCAGAAUUGGUACCCCGUGGAAGAAAGUUGUGCUCCGCAUACCUUCCAGCUAGCCGUCGAAAUGCAGCUGGCCAUUCUGGCACCGCUGCUGCUGAUCAUCCUGACCGCGAAUCCAUUCUACGGCAUCGCCUCCUUCGUGCUCCUUCACGGUCUAUCCACGGCAAUGCGCUUCACGUCGACCAAUGAAGAUCGCCUCUCUCCGUACAUCUACCACGGCAUCCGCCUAACCCAGAUCUACCGCACCGUCAAUCUGAGUUUCUCGGAAACGUUGCACCGGGCAACGCCGUACCUGGCCGGGUUCGGACUGGGGUACCUCCUGCGAGAAGGCGACAUCCGCAAACAGGUCGAUCGAGGCAUCCGCAUGAGCGGUUGGAUCGGUAUGGCGAUCGCCUGCGGAUGGUGCUUCGUAUUCCCCUUAAGCACCGCGGAGAAGGAGUUCCAGUAUGACAUCAACGAUGCGGCUCAGUAUGCAGCUUUGGCACCGCUCUCAUGGGCGUUGUCUAUCUGCUGGAUCAUCUAUUUCUGCGAGACCCACCAGGCCAGUUUACUGAACCGCCUGCUCAGCUGCCGCAUGAUGACCUUCCUCAGCAAGAUCUCCUACUCGGUGUCGUUGAUCCAAUUCUUAGUGUUCUUCUACUUUGCCGGAACGACCCGAGGCAGUGAGGUCUUCAGCUGGUCCGGAUACUUAAACCGAACCGAGAUUUGUUUGCUGAUCUUCGGAGGAACCUUACUGACAGUGCUGUACGAUCUUCCGAUUCAGAACAUCAAGGCGAUGCUCGAUCGAUCGGGUGUGUUUGAUCGGAUGGAGAAGAAGGACAACUCGGUAGUGGUGUUGACUCCUCCGAAGGAGGAGGGACAGGAAGAGGUCACUCAGAAUGGAACGGAGAAACCGGUGGAGAAUGGAAGCGCUGCUGGUCACGAUAAGGAAAAGCAAGGUGAUCAAGCCAAGGAAGAGGAGAAGAAGGUCGAGGAUGACUUCGUCAGUCCGUUUGACGGUCGCGAUGAUGACUUCGUGCCACGGCAGGCGUGGAAGCGAAAGACACCGGAACCGGAGCCGAAGCCCACCACCCCUACCAAAGGCUUCUGGGACGACCAUGAAGAAAGCGACGCCCCGAGAUCCGCAUUCAAAGCCCCAUCCCCCGCGAAAGCCAUGGAGCAAGUGAGCGAAGAAGAGGAAGAGGAAAUUGAAGAAAUCGAAGUCGAAGAAGUCGAAGAGGAGGUGGAAGAAGAAGAGGAGGAAGAGGAAGAAGACGAAGAGGAAAUCGACGAAGAGAAGGAAGUGAUUCGCAGACCGACGGGAGCGCAAUCGGCAGACGAGGAGGUGAAACCGGAACCGGAGAAGCCCGAACCAACGACGACGACGAAAUCGAGCUCACCCAGCCUCUACAGCAGAAGUUCGUCGUACAGUCCACCUUACGUGAGGCGCCAGUGGCGGCGUACCUGGGAUGACUAGCCUUGAAUGGAACACGAACAUUUGGACAACGCAGAAAAGACAUUUGAAGGUAGGUGUCAUUUGACGAAAUUGAUUUCUAGAUGUUAUGAAGGAAGCUGAACUCGAGACAAAUGCAACAAUUACUUUGGAGACGA